CAAAAAAGGGUAGGAUUAAUUGGAACCUAGAGGGUGUUGAGAAAACGUUUCUUGAAACAUGUCUUCAAGAAAUCACACUUCGUGGACGUGAAGGAAGCAGUCUUAAACAAUACUCAUGGAAGAAUGUAGCUGAAAAGUUAAAAGUAGAACACAAUUUCAUAGCGGAUCAAAAACAAAUGAAGAACCGAUAUGACUAUACAAAAUCAAAGUUUGCAGCCUGGUUAAAACUUAAAAGCAAAACCGGCAAUGUUUAUGAUCCUAUAACAAACACAUUUAACUUAUUAGAAGAAGAAUGGCAAACUGAGAUCAAGGUUUCGUAUGGAUUCGGAUGAUGAGAUUUUAUUUUUCAUGCUUCUUUGUUGCCAUUUGGUAACGUUAUGCUCAAAAAGGAAUGGAAGGAUAAGAGAUCUGAAUUCGGCAUUGACCGGUCAUGCAUACACACAAGAAUUGUUGCAUGGAUCUUCCACACAAUGUCUUGAGAUGAUGCGUCUUUCUCGUGAUGCAUUUGUACUAUUGUGCAACCAUUUUAAACAAAAAAAUUGGUUGCAAAGUAGUAGAUCAAUAAGCUUGGAAGAAAAGUUGGCUAUGUUUUUUAUGGUCAUAGGACAUAAUGAACGAUUUCGAAUGGUUAAACGGAGGUUUCAACACUCGACUGAAACGAUUCAUAGAUGUUUUCACGAGGUCUUAAAGGCAAUGAUGAAUUUCGCAAGAGAAGUUAUAGUUCCAACAUUUUCUAAUGCAAACUCCAAUACAUCAGAACGACAUAGAAAGCUAAAAGAAAUAUUUGCUGGAGCAAUAGGCGCGUUAGAUGGCACUCUUGUACAUGCAAUCAUGCCUGCUGAUCAACAAACUCGUUAUAGGGGAAGAGGAAAAGAUAAUUAUUACCUUUGUGACGCUGCAUACACCAACACUCGUGGAUUUAUGACUCCCUACCGUAAUACGAGGUAUUGGUUAGCCGAUUUUCGACGACAACGUGCGUUAACUAAGGAAGAAAAAUUCAAUCAUGCACACGCACAACUGAGAAAUGUUAUUGAGCGCUCAUAUGGUGUUUUGAAGGCAAGAUUCCCAAUCCUAAAGCAAAUGGCUCCAUUUUCUUUUCCAAUACAAAGAGACAUAGUGAUUGCUUGUUUCGCCGUCCAUAAUUUUAUAAGGAAAUGCAAUAUUCAUGAUCAAUUAUUUAUGGCAUAUGGCGAGAACACUUUGUUUUCCGAAAUACAAGGUGGAGAAAGUGAUGGGCAGUUCGUUCAAGACAUAGAAUGGGGUUCACAAGGCAUUGAGUAUAUGAAUACCUUACGUAACCAGAUUGCUAGUCAACUAUGGUCAAAUGGUUCAAAUUAAAAUUGUACGCAUAAUAUUAAUUUCUAUUUGGAUUGUAUUAUGUUUCCAUGAACUUUGAAGAAUUUAUGUGUAACUUGA